AUAUAUUUAUCCCCUCCCGAGAGAGAGAGAGAGAGGGGGGGGGGAAAGAGAAAAAAAUUAAAGGCAUUUUUGGGAAAGUUUGACUUCCCCUUUAAUUCCCACCCCCCUCUCGGAUAUAAUUUUUUUUUUGCCCUCCGACUCUUAUUCCUCCUUUAAAGGGGCAGUGGCCAGAAGCGGCCAUGCGGGAGUACAAGGUGGUGGUGCUGGGCAGUGGGGGAGUGGGCAAGUCCGCCCUCACCGUGCAGUUUGUCACUGGCACCUUCAUCGAGAAAUAUGACCCGACCAUCGAGGACUUUUACCGCAAGGAGAUAGAGGUGGAUUCAUCACCAUCAGUGCUGGAGAUCCUGGACACAGCGGGCACCGAGCAGUUCGCCUCCAUGCGAGAUUUGUACAUUAAGAAUGGCCAGGGCUUUAUCCUGGUCUACAGCCUGGUCAAUCAGCAGUCCUUCCAGGACAUCAGGCCCAUGCGCGACCAGAUCAUCCGUGUGAAGCGCUACGAGAAGGUGCCCGUCAUCCUGGUGGGCAACAAGGUGGACCUGGAGAGCGAGCGGGAGGUGUCAGCCGCUGAGGGCCGGGCCCUGGCUGAGGAGUGGGGCUGCCCCUUCAUGGAGACCUCGGCUAAGAGCAAGACCAUGGUGGAUGAGCUGUUUGCUGAAAUCGUCAGGCAGAUGAACUACGCUGCACAACCUGACAAGGAUGAUCAGUGCUGCUCUUCCUGUGUCCUGCAGUAAAACACACCCGGAACAGCAAAAGAACACUGAAAGACUUUGCGUCAGUUCCUAUCUGGGGGAGAUCUCCACCUCUUCCGACCCAGGAGGCAACUAGAUUAUUCCUUAUUGCUGUGUAUAAAGGCAGAGAGUAUCGACGAGGAGCUUUAUAACUGAUGCUCAGUGCUGCUCAUCCUGUGUCCUAGAAUAAACACAAAAAAAAAGCAAAACAAAAAUGCUUUGGGUUAAGACAAGAUAAUUCAAUCGGUUCCUAUCUGGGAGAUCGCCACCUCUUCUAAACCAGGAGACCCGCCAGAUUCUUUCAUGUUGUUUUAUAAAAAGCAGAGGGUAUCGCUGAGAAGCUUUAUAAUUGAGGACCAGUGCUGUUCUUCCUGUGCCCUAUAGUAAGGAGAAGAAACAAACUCUUUGGGUUAACAAAGACUUGAAUUAGUUCCUGUCUGCAAGAUCUCUGCCUCUUCCAACCCAGGAGACCUGCCAGAUUGUUGCUGUAGUGUUUUUUUUUAAAAGAAAAGAGGGAGCAACAAGAGCUUUAUAACCUAGGUGAAAUUGAUGACCAGGGUCCUAUGGACAAAGCUAAUAAGUUGGGUUAAGGCAGGAAUUUGAGUUAGUUCCGAUCUGGGAGAUCUCCACCUCUUCCAAUCCAGUGAAACUAGAUUGUUUCAUAUUACUGUUAUAAAGGGGGAGGGCGAUACCUAAAAAGAGGAGCUUUAUAACUGAUGGCCAGUGCUGCUCUUCCUGUUUCAAACAGUAAAAAGUAAUGAUUUUUUUAAAUGCAAGAUGAGACUCGAAUUGGUUGUGAAAAGGGAGAAUUGCAGCAUCGACAGACAAGAGCCAGGUUAUUUAAUCGAGCUGCACAGCCAAGAUUUAAGGUUGAGGACCAGGGCUGUUCUCUCUGUGUAAAUGCACUGAUUUUAUAAAAAAUAAUUUUUUUAAAGAAGCAAUUGAUAUGAUACAGGAAGGAUGUCCACACUCAAUAAAUCUGACUGCACUCUUCCUGCAUGAUGUCAUUGAGGAGUUUAAACGCUUCUUGUAAAGGGGAGAGCAAGCAACCAAAAUGGGAGAGGAGAGAGUUCUCAGUUCGUGGUCUCCUGUAGUGAAUGGGAAACUGAGCCUAAAUUCUUUAGUUGUUUGUGUCUACAGGGUACAUGGGCAACACAUUACGACAGGAGGUAUCUGUGCUGUUCUUCAGAGACAAGGAAGGAAAAGCAGUGGACCUUUUAAGUCCUUUAGAGCAGAGUAUAACCAGGAGUUGUGACACCAAGGGCCUUUCUUCAGGAUUCCAUCUGGUUUAUUUUCAGUGCGGUAUGGUAAAUGUUAAUGAUCAGUGCUAUCCUUUUGUGAAUGGUGCAAAAGUGAUGGUAAGCAUAAGCUGAUGAUUCCUCUGUUAGUCUCUAAAGGAAAGGGCAGUGAAUAAAUCAACUGUAAUACAGUUGACUGAUCAAGAUGUUCCUUGUAUCAUACAGAAAAGAGAAUUGACUAACUUGGGUUUUUUUUUUGUGGGUGGGACAUUACCCUGCUCUGUUGUUUGAUACAAGCCAUUCGUGGUGCUGUUUUCUUGCUUUGCAGCAAGAUGUGGUGGGGAGGAAGAAAGCAAAAGGACUUUUAUUUUCUGACUUGCAGUGGAGAACAUUAAAACUAUCAAACUACAAUUUAUUGAAAGAUCGACGCUGUUCAACUCUUGCAAAAAGCGAGCAGCUUUACAAAGCUACAAGAUUUGGCUAAUUCUUUCCUCCUUUCCGCUUUUGCAAAGUGAUUAUUUUAAUCAUUUUCCUUUUGGCAUUUAGUAAGAGAAAAUGGCACCAGUUUUCUCUCUCUUUUUGUAAUACUUCAUAGGGAGGAUCAAGAGGAAUGUGAGGCUCUUUUGUGUAGAAAAUUGAGGCUAAUUUGGAAAGGGAUACACGAUUUUUAAAAGAAAAACUGCUUGCUAUGCAGAGAAAGAAAAGAUGUUAUCAUUCCUGCAAGAUGAAGGAAUUGAGAAUCAUUCUGUGAUCAAGGUGGAAAUGGCAGGUAUUCUGCUGCCAUGAUGCAUUUAUGAAAUAUCAACACAGCAGCCAUCGCAAGCCUGCUCUGUAAGGAGGGGCAAGCAAUCCCGUACUAUAUGUCUGCUUACUCCACUGUUGUGAUUUUAAUUGACCCAAGAUGCCGAGUGCUUCUUCAGUGGGAAGAAGGGGAAGAAAACUCCUUGUCCAGUCUUGAUUCUUGCAGGUGAGGACGAGGAUUAGUUGGGGAAAGUUGCCUCUGUGAGGUUGAGAAAAAUCUUCAGUCAAGUUUAGAGACUUUUGCAUAAAAGUCCUUGUUGUAGACUCUACUGAGGGGAAGAGCAUAUCGUCUCCCAUUCCCACGAGUGUCUCAGUCUGCUAAUGGACAGGUUUUUCAACAGGUAUGAUGGUAUAUGGAGCUCGAAGGAAGCGAAUGCCCGAAGAUCACCUGUAACACGUGGGGAAAUUUUUCAAAAUUUCACAUUCAAAAUCGAAAACCAAAUCACACAUUGCAGUCAAUCCGGACAAAUGUGAUUCAGAUUCUUGUAUUGCACGUUGAAAAAAAAGUUUAUUGCAUUUAUCGCUUGAGUCUAUAAAAAAAUGGAAACCCUUUGAAAUGAUCAAAUUUUACAAACUAGUAGAUAUUAUCCCUCCGAUUUCCUUCUUUCCUGAUGCAGAAGUGGCAAAAAUAUAUUUUAUUUUAUGAAUGGUGCUCAAAUACUUUAUUGUGGGUUUUUUUUUCAUUUUAUAUCUUUGAACUAAGAAUAUAAUGAAUGCAUGGCUGAACACCAGAUAAUUACUAAAGUCUUACAUUGGAGCAUUCUGUAGUGGUUUAAUAAAUGAGCGCAGUAGCAAAGUGUUUUAGUCACUUGCGGUCUUAUUUUGCUUGCUUUUGAAUAUCUGACAAUUGUGUUACAGGAACAUUUUGUUUAUUUUUUAAAUGCCACUGCGUAGAACCAGCAGUUGGAAUUGUGGAAAUGAGACAGUUUUCUCCAAAGUUCAUCCCUACUGAGGGAACCUUGUCAGAUCCGUAAAAGUUGUCACACACUUGGAGGAGACGAGCCCUGGUGUGGUAAGACUGAUGUAUCUCGUAUUCAGAUUUUUUUUUAACUGCUAGAUUCCCAAUGGAGUAAAUCACAUGUUGGGUUUUGAGUAUGGUGUGUGCAAGUGAAAACCCGAACGUGUCGCUGGACGUACCCAACACGAGCAACACAACUUGAUUCUUCAGAUCGAGGUUUGCCUCCACUCAAGCUGUUCAAUUCCUUCGCAAGAUGACAUCCUGCAUCUUCAAUGGUAUGUGGUGGAUUGUGUGACUUUUAACUGUUGCAAAAAAGAUUUUAAAACAAAACUGCAAGUUACGGGUGCAGGUUUCUUUUUAUAGACCAAGAAGGCGAAAAGACACCUCUGCAAAUUGUGAUUAGUUUAUUUUCCAUUUCUAAUACAGUACAAUAAACUGAAGAUGCAGUAAAUGGGAUCCACUUUGUGUGAUUUUUUUUCUUGUACAGGAUGAUGGGAGCCUUAGCUUCGCUUAUAAUGUGCAGACUUUUUUUUGAAGCAUUCAAAGAUGUAUUUUAUUGUCUUGUUAUAUCUCAGCUUAAGUUUACAUUUCCAAACAGUGUCUUGCAUUGUUUUAUUAUUUACCUGAACAUUCUGAUAUAUUUACAGCAAUGCCUCAUUUCAUAUUUAACAACCCCUUUAAAAACUGAUCUGUAUGUGUGGGCAACAUUCUUUGCAAACUAACUAGAUAUUAAAAGUUAAUCUAGUUAGACUAAUUUUUUUAUCGUUUGGUGCUGCUGUUUUUCUUUAAACUAUAACUAUAAUCUGGGCUGUAGCUUCUGAUGAUGUAAGUUGAUUUGCAGACAGGUGCUAUGUAUGUUCACCUGUUUAAGGACAGUAGACUUAGCUACAUAGUCUUGCCUUAUUGCUGUUGUGAACACAAGACAAAUUUUCCUUUUUUAAAACUAGUUGUUCUUUACAUGGGAUUGGUUCCAGGAAAUGAUGUUGAUUUCAUUCCAGUGACAUAUGUUUAGUGGAAGAUGGGGAUGUGUGUGGGGAAAGGGACUGAUUGAUUUGUAUUCACUAUGGAUAAUUGCAGCAAGGUAAUCUGAGUUAACUCACUUGUUUAGGUGUGAGUUUCAUAAUGAGGAUCUCCUCCUAUCUGGUGCUAAAUCAGUUUGCACAAGUAAAAUGGCUAGCUAAUGAAUUUCCUUUUAUUUUUUGGUUUGGUCUGCAGUGCACCCAUUGCAUUGACUGGGAGGGUUAACAUAGCAAAUUAACUCACGCAAAUCCUCUUGAAUUUGAUUCACUUGCUGCCUGUGAGUUAGCCUAACUGCCCUUUAAGCCAAAGGAGGCUCUUCAAAGUUGGAAACAUUUGCCAUGCAUUGUUUAUGCUAAGUGGUUAAUAUUUUUAAAAGCCCUUAGACUGAUUGCUUUAACAGUAUUAAACAGCUUAACCUAUUAAUUCUUAACAACCGCAGAAACAAAGACACCUUGGCACAAUAGGCACUUUCAGUUUUCAGAAUCUGAUUGGGAGAACAAGAUGUUUCCCUAGUAAGUCUUUCUUUUUCUGGUGAAAGAAGAAACUUGACUUUUAAUUAGCACCUAAUCAUGUAUUUCCAAUAUCCCAAAAGAUGUCUUGUAAUAUGAAUUAUGUUUGCUGUUGCUGCACUCUGGUUCACUUUGCUGACACAUCAGUUGUCUAGUUUUACACAAGUGUUUUAACUGAAUUCACACUCGAGUUGGUAUCCCCAAGUUUGUUUUGGCAUAGCGUGCAAUUUUUAACAUUGUAUUUUUAAAGUAAAAUGUGGAACAAAAUAUUUGAGGCAUCUUACAAAAUCAAAUUGCUCCCAUCUCUUUAUUCCUGGUGAAAUCUGGCUGGUUUUGUCACAUAUUCUCUAAUAUGGAACCAAUAUUCUUGUAAUUAUUCUGCAAGUAGAUGUUACAGUAAAUAAGAAUUCAUUUGUGUUUGCAAAUCCUUAAACCUGCUUUUCCAAUGUCAUGCUGGAUGUAUGGAAGUAAUUAUACUCCUGUCGCACGCACUACUAGUAUAUUUCCUGUGUACUUUUGUGGUGUAUCGGAGAAGUUGAUUGCUCCAAAGCAGAGCUACCUUUAGAACAAUCUUAUUUCUCCGAUAGAGCACUCAAAAAUCUUCUGUCCUGGAUCUGGAAGCUCUCUUGCGUGCAGCUGGUAUACAAGUACGGUUUGAUAUACUAGUUCAUUAUGUGACGUGUAUGCUUAAAUGCUGUUUUGACAGUGUAACUUCUAUGAUUGCAUAAAAGGAACUAUUCAUGGGCACGUUUAAUUUCAUUUUUUUUCUCUUUUUUUUGUUUGUUUUAUGAAGUGAGGCAUUUGGAAACCCACAAGUUUCAAUACAGCCUACUGCUAUAUUUAAACGCUGCUUUAGUUAGCGAAUAAACAUUAAGGGCAAAGCUAGACAUCUGUCAAAACCGCCAAGAGUGGACUUGAAUAGGGACUUGUGUAGUUGCACCUAUAUAUUGGCAGUGUUCCUAUAUGAAAAUAUUGGACAGAAUGCGAAGGUCUAGCUUGUGCUAAACUGCCAGAAUCUGCUGAACUGACUAGCCCCUGCUUCCGUUAGAAAGUGUUGUUCAAUAAAUAGACUUGGGUAUCCACUCCCCCGCGUGGUUAAAAGUUUUGAGUAGCAAAUUACCACAGGCUACAAUUGUCCCCUCUUAGCGUGAAGUCAUGAGGGAUUGAAAUGCAACCCUUUAAACUAAAGCUGCAAAAUGUAGACCACCCCAUUUUCCAAGCCCCCCCCCCCCACCCCCGACCUUUGUUUAUUUAGCAGGCUCCAACAUCCCAAAAUGUACAGUUAGGAUGAGUUUGCAGUGGCAGAAAGGUGAAAUUUGGAUAGGGUUUUGGUGGAUUUUGGAUUUAGUUUGGAAGAGUGGAAAGGAAAGAAACGUGUUAUCUCUUAAAGGAAUUGACUGCAAGGUCUUAUCCUUCAGUGAAAUGCCUGGCUCGAGAAACCAUGAGGAGAAAAUGGAAGUGAAAGGAUGUGAUCCAACAAGAUAUUUUACAUUUUAUUAUGAAUAGUCAUUUGGUAUUACAGAACUGGAGUAUUGCUGAUAAAAGACAUUUGUCAGUGCUUUUCCUCUUGUACUCAUCAGGACAGUCCCAAGGAUAACUGUCAGGGGAAGCGACAGCUUCAUACUAUAUGAGAAGACAGUGCUGAUUUUUUGGCAAGUGGACUCUGGUAGAGGUGUUGCCAUGGGGAAUGCACCAGUUAAUGGUGACUGAUAGUUAACUGCCAAGCAUUGUUUGAAAUUUAAACCAGGCAGCUUGACUCUGAUUGGUCAAGGCAUUGCCCUGAGGAAUGAACCAGUGAAUGGCUAUCACUUAUUUUGUUUAGCUGAAAUAGGUGCUAUGCAUUAAUGUUCUUUCUGUGUGCAAAGAACUGGGCCUUGUGUAUCAAUAUAUGUAUCUUCAGUACAUGCAGAUGCCCCACACUGAGUCCCAACUGACGAUCUUGAAUAGAUUGUCAGUGUAAUUUUUAGCACAGUGAGCAUUAUUUAGAAAAUGUCCAAUUUUAUUCUUCAAACCACCACCCCCCCCCCCUCCCCCCCACCAUAAAUUUAUUAUUGUUGUGGUUGACAAUGGAUUUGUGGUGCAGCAAGAGCCAAGUAAUGGGGGCUUGGUGGAAUGCACAUCAUAUUCCUACUUGCAAGAAGGAGCUAGACACCUCCCAGGUACAAACUUUCAAGAUGUUUUCCUCCUUGUAUCCUGUUUGCAGAUCAAAAGCAUUCCAUAUAUGUUGUUCCUUUCAUGACUCCUGUCCCAGAGCACUUCAGCCAGAUGAAAGUAUUUGAUUUGUGUUCCCAGUUGUAACCAGCCAAAUGACCAAACAAGCCUGUUAUUUGAGGGACAAAUGUUGACCAGGGAAACUCCCAUGCUCUUCUGAUCGUGCCAAGGGUUUUUUUAUUUUUUACAUGCACCUCAGGGAAGAUGCAGGGGGUCAAUGCAGCAUUCCCACAAUGCAGCAUUCCCACAGUAAUGCGCUGAUCUGUUAGCCAACGUUUUUUUGCUCAUGUCUUUGGAAUGGGACUUGAACUGAUGAUCAUCUGAAGAGAAUGUGUUAUGCCUGGAACUGUGGCUGGCACCUUGGGCAGGAAUAAUUCUAUAAACAAUAAAAUGUGUUUAUUGACACUGGGUUAUUAGCAAGAAUGAAGGGUGUAUUUCAUCAGUUUCACAUUAUUGGUUAAUCCACUUCUCUCAUUAAAAAGAAAGGUUUGUGCGGCAAUUUUCAUGUGUGCGGAAAGAAUUAAUGUAAAUAUCUUGAUUUGACUCCCCACAAUAGGUUUUUUUUAAAUUGGAUGACCAAUUUUAGCAUUGGAUAUUUCACAACAAAAAAAUUGUUGGUUCGCUCCUUUACAACAGACCAUAAGGCUGGUACUGUUCCUGAGUAACAUCGAAACAUUGAUGUCUGGAAGUUUCCAGAUGUAGGGCAGUGAUUGAUAUUGUGCAAUGUAACAUUUUUUGGCAUGUAAUAUAUCUCCCUCAUCUAAUUUCACAUGAAAUAAUUUCAUUGUUUUGUAUAUGAGCAGUGGAAAUAAUUUGAGUUAACUGCACCAAUCCAGAAUUGAAAGUAAAAAAAGCCUUGCAUCCAGCACUAAAACUAGCUGCAAAUCAAUGUUGUAAUGCUUUUGCUCUAAAUGACUGGAGUUCAAUCCUGAGCCAUUUUUGCUAUAUGGGGAAAAUUGUAGCCUGUAGUUUAGGUGGGUAAUUUGCCAUUUGUAUGUUAACAGUGUUCAGAUGGGGAGUGGAUAUCUGAACCAUUACAUGAGUCACCUGGCCAAAACCUGAAGGAAUUUUCUAAUGAAAGUGAGGUCUAUUCAGAUCUGCUGACCUCAGUAGUCUAAUGUAGAAAAUUAUUCACAUCCUGUCCAAUAUUUUCUUGUGCUAUCACUGCCAGUGUGCAGGCGUAGCUGCAUAUGUUUUUUUUAAACAUUUGCUUUGUGGUUUUGACACGCCAUUCCAACUUUGCCAAUGGUGUUUGUUUUAAUAACUAGCAUGGUGUUUGUGAAAGUUUUAAAAACCACCAAGAACAGCUGUGGAUGUUUAAUUUUGGCAUUUUCCACAAGUGCAAAAGUGGUGGCAGCCCAGCUUUAAAGGUACUUGAACAAAGCAGGUGAUCCAAAGAAGAGUUAUAUUGGACUCAACGUUAUCACUCUCCACGGAUGCUGUCGGGCCUGCUGAGUUUUUCCAGCACUUUGUUUUUAGAUCUGGUGAAGACCUGUGACUUCUCGACCUUUUUUUUGGUGGUGGGGGGGUGGUGGUGAUAUCGGAUCCUUUUGGAUAUCUGGGGGGGAAAGGAUACACACACACACACACACACACACACACGCUCUCAACCCCUCUUGUUCCUGAGUUGGGAUCACCAGGAGUCAGCCUGCUUACUCUGCACUGUACACACUUGUCGGUAACUGAGUGCUAUCGAUGUGAAAAUGCCAAGUUGCUUUCACAUUGCAUCCCAGCUUUCAAGAGUAAGUUGAUGGAGCCACCCCCUGCGUUAGUUUUGUAAUGUGCAGCCUGUAUUCUGGAGUUAUGUAACUUGUGACAGUAAUGGAGAAAUGUGCUCACUUAAGACCUAGUGUAAAGUAAUAUGGCAUUUAAUGUGAUGUUGCUGCGGAGAAGCAAUGGAGUGGCAUUAGCCUACUUCUACAUAUAAAGCAGUUGGUGAUCUAUUGUAAGUGUCAAUUUUGAUGUAUUGGUGUACCGGGGUGAUGUUGUAAAAAUCUGUUUAUAAAUGUGUUUAAUGCAUCAAAAUGUCGUGGCAAAGGGAAUGUGACUGUAUCGUGACAGUAUAUAAUUACACUUGGGCUUCUGAAACUUUAAUGUUGAUCCAUUCCAGCAGUGCCUCACUGUAAGAGCCUGGGGUUCGGGGAGGGAAGUUAUUCAUCUGAAACUUCACUAUGCCACAUGUUGCCUGGUGCAAAGAAAAAGCAAAUAUCCUGUGAACUGUCCCAAAGUGACCCCAUAUGAGAACUGAUGAUGUUGCUGGCUCACCAAAUGCAUUUGUGUUUUUUAAUGUUGCAAAGAAUUGACCCUGCUGAAAACGGUUUGAGCUAUUUCCUCGACAUCUCCCAACUACCCCGAAUGGCUACCAAAGCUUCUCUGCAACGUUAAUCCUGUUUACUUCCCUUCAGUAAAGAAUGUUGCCUUUAACACAUACUAGUUUGAGUUCUGUUGGUUUUAGCUGUAAUGUGUUGGAAAAUUGUUUGCAUUCCCGUUGAAACCAAGGAUUCGUUGACUGAACCGCCAUUCUUUGGACAUUGUGUUUUUAAAAAACCUAUUUUAUAUUGUAUUUGGCUUUAAUGGUUUUCAAAUGCUGUUUUACUGUAUUUUUAUUUUUGUUAACUUUAUUUUAACAUCAGUAUAUUUUCAGCGCUUCCCAGAGGUGAAUUAAAACAUAAUCUUUUGGCAGUUAGCUGUCGAGCACUAACGCAACUGAAUACUUAAUAGCACCGUUUUUACCAGGUGUUGACUGUGGUGUAGCCUUGCUGUUUCUGAAUCGAGCAAGAAGUGUAAAUAUAAUUCGAUGCAGACAUGUCAACUGUAUUUGGAUUUAAAUUAUUUUAACAAAAUUAAAUUUUAUUUAAUGAAA